AUGGGUGAUUAUCAAGAUCGCCUCCAACCAAUGCUCUAUUGCGAUCUUUCUCUCGUGGAAUUCGUCACUCCAGAAGAAACUGAUGGUCACAAUAAUCAAUCUGAAAUCAACUUGAACUUCUCUUGGAAAGUCGAUUUUUCCGAGUGGAUGAUUCCACAUGCAGUUCAAGAAGAUUUUACAUACCCACAAUUGGUUAGACGAAUAUCCAAUGAAUAUGCAACCAAUUUCUCAUUCGGAGUGAGCCGCGUGCAGUUUCGGUGUCUCGAUGAAUUACGGGGAGUCAUGGAAUUCGAGCUGAGGGGCAUGUUAGACGAUUACGAUUUGCGCAGAAACUUGGCUGAUCAUGUUCUCGCAACAACACUGGCUAACGUUGACAUCGAUAUUCUCGCAGAGGGCAGAGUUUUGGAUAUUUACUUGGACGUGUUGGUAGAUAACCAAUAUAUUGUAUCUGAAGAAGUUUAUGAUGAGGAAUAUAACUGUUUGGUUCCAGCGGAGGAUUCAUCGAUAAUGUCGUCAUUGAAGAGGGUGGCCGUUGAUUCUGAUCAGAAUAUUAGUUGCUCGAUUUGUUUGGAAGAUCUUGAAGAAGCGUUAAGCAUGCCGUGUUCGCAUGUUUAUCACGGCGACUGCAUCAAGAAGUGGUUGAGCAUUAGUCAUUAUUGCCCACUCUGCCGAUUUGAGAUGCCAACCACGAAUUAG